AUGGCAUCAACGCCGACAGUAGCCCGCAACGGUCGUGCGCGGCAUCCGCUUCAAGAUCGCAAACGGAUCCGCGCCUGUUCCAUCCCCCUCUCGUCAGGCUCGUCUCUGCUUGGAAACCUGCAGUGCUCGGAGCUUGGUCAAGCACUGGUGGCGACGGAAGAUGUCCUCGUCAUCUUAUCGCCGCUAGGCGGUCUGCAUCCAACUCUGGCGGCUCAAAGCCGCAUGCAAGACAUCGAAUGUCACCCCGACUGGGACGGUCGCUUUCCGCACUCUCUCUACCACAUCAACAUCAAGACAUUUCUCGAGAAUGAGCCCAGCAUUCGUCGUAGGACUAUGCUCGAAGCCGACCACUCCGCAGUCGAUGCACGCUUCUUGAACCUGCAAUGGUCUUCCGCUAGCUGGUCGAAGCCUGGGAUGGGCCCCAACGGAAGCUGUCUCAUCCUUGCUACCACCUCAGAGCUCGAUCUCUUCAUCCUUGGCGCACCCAGCAACGCUUGGACCGGUGAGUGGAAGCUCCUGCACGCCCUCGAUCUCAGCCCCGUUGCCCACCUAACUACCUCAGAUCCUGGUCCCUCCCCUCAACACAUGCUGAUCGACGACCAUGACAAGCCCGUCUUUACUCCGCAUCGCUCACUGCUUCGAAAGAAGCAGAUGGCCACAGAAGUGCUUUGCGCCUCCUUCUGCUAUCUCGAUAGGCCCUCACAGUUUGGCGAUCCGCUGCUGUCAGGCCGAUCAAGCUUACCAGCUUGGACAGCUUACAUCCUAGCUGGCACCCAUUCCGGUCACAUUGCUGUGUGGCAAUGCCAUCCACUGACAGGGCAAUGCACCUUCCUUUCCGCAGCUCAGGUGAGCGAGACAGGCAUCGAACAGCUCAUGCUGACAACGCAGGCUGCAGCGCUUGAACCAAACUCCAACGUCAGACUCGCCUUCCGAGAUUCGGGUGGUAUCAAGCUCUGCGACGUUUACGUUUUCGAUGACCAACCUCGCAUUCAGCUCUCCUCACGAGCGCCCCUACUCUCGCAUCACUGCAUGAUCUCCGCAUGGCACUGCUUCAAUCAUCACUUCAUUUAUUCAACCAUAGGCAGAGUCCACGUCUACGACAUCAAAACAGAACAGACGGUGACCUACACCUUGGACACCCAUCCAAGCAGCAACUACGAUCCCUAUUCGCCCGCAAUUUCCAUCAGCCGUGCUUGCAACGCUGACGACAGAGCCAGAAUUGUGCUACAGGAUCUGCGCGAGUACGAGAUACCUCUACUCAGCGCCGCUGAAAUGCCAAGUUUACCUCAGCUCUUGCAUCCAGUAUACCCUUUACCUCUCUCAGGAUAUCCGCCCUUGACCGAGACCAUGCAACGCAAGCAUGAUCUGCAUCAAGCCUUCCUAGGCUACGAAGUUGAGUCGAACCUCAAACUACCGUCGGCCUCGCUUGUCGGUGCAGCUCUCACUAACGAGCGUGUCGCUUUUCUCGGCUACAAUGUCUCGGAAACGAUCGGCUACCAGAUGGAGAUACUCCGGCAUGGCGAUGCAGAUCCCGCCGCAGUGCUCCAUGACGCGCUGAGAUGUGUCGCUUCAGAGAAUGGCGCCCCUCCCUAUCUCGUCGUGCGUACUCUUCUUUCGCUGCUGUACACCAGCGAGCAACCGGACGCCUUUCGAAAUCAACUCAUAUCCGCGGCAGAGCAGAGUUGGCAGUCUCUGCUCAAUUUGUCCACUGGUCCAAACGGCGACGCCAUAGGAGAGAGGAAAGAGCUGCAACACAAACAGGCGUGCUUGCUCUACCUGCUUGCGUCCCGAUUGGAGAUGCCCUCUGAUUCCGCAUCACCACUGAUAUCCUUUUCGAAGCAGCACAAAGUCGAUAUUCUGAGUGACUGGCUACAGAGAUGGCUGCGAAAUCUCGCACAGAGGAUAUCAAAGGAGCAAGCAUCAGAUCAAGAUCAAAAGCUGCUGCUGCGACUACUGACGGCUGGAAGCAUGCUUCCAGACGCUGAUCCUCGCCUCCGUGACGAAUGCACCGCAGCAGCUUCGGCUUUGAAGUCAGCACAAAGCAGCCCAGUGCCAGCACAAGAUGCUUCCGUUCUCACUGGUGAGACCUGUGCUGCUUGUAGUACGCAGCUGACCCUAUCGUGGGAUAAUCAAGAACAAGCUUUCGGUUGGGCCAAAUGUCAAAGUGGCCACGUCUGGCCACGCUGCUCGGUCAGUCUGGCCACUAUCUCGGAUCGCCAAGUUCGCGCUUGCACGGGAUGCUGGGCCAAGUCGUUGGUCCCAGGCAAGCCAGAUCAGAGCCCCUGGCAGACGCUCAUGCUCGAGGCUGCAAGUAUGUGCCCAUACUGCGAGAGCUAUUGGAUUGUGCGAUGA